AUGGCCCCCAAGCGCGGCCGGCCCCCGAGCAGCGCCGCCGCGAAACCGGCGUGCGGUCGAGGCGCCGGCGCUGCCUCCAGCGCUGCCAGCGCCGCAAGCCCCUCUUCGGUGGUACUGCGAGAAGCUGCGGCCGCGGCCAAGUCACCGGUGCAGCUGGGGCCAGAAGGGCGAAUGUACAUCAUUAGGGAGUCCAUCAUGCCGAUGUUGCAACUGACGCAAGAGGAGAAACCCAUCAUUUGGCAGCCCUUCAAGUGUCCAAGAGGUCAAGCCCUUGAAGGUCUUGGCAAGAGGACCCUGGGCGCCCGGAUUCGCGGCUCCACCCAGUCGGUCGCCACGGUGAAGCGCUUCGUGGAAGACGACGCCAAGCCGCCGGAGGUGAUCGACGAGGCCACGGUGGCCUCCCACAAGCUGGUGCUGUGGACCCCCGCCGAGGACAACCCGGAGCGGCGCAAGGAAGUGGUGGUGGACUACGAUGUCUCGUGCAAGCUUCGGGAGCAUCAGCGGAUCGGAGUGCAAUUCCUCUUCGACUGCUUGAUGGGUCUCAAGGACUUCAACGGAUGCGGCUGUAUCCUUGCGGAUGACAUGGGCUUGGGAAAGACCUUGCAGUCCGUGGCAGCGAUUUGGACUCUCCUGACGCAGGGCGGCCCAUACGGCCGCGGCUGCUGCCGCAAGGCCCUGGUGCUGUGUCCAGCCUCACUGGUGAAGAACUGGGCGGGGGAGCUUGACAAGUGGCUCCAUGGAAAGUGCAAGUACCACGCCUGUGCAGUGACUGGCCAGGCGCAGGUGGCGGGCACCUUUGGGUCCUUCAAGUACGACCGCGAUUCGCGGGUGCUCAUCGCCUCGUACGAGACCUUUCGGAACCAUGCCCGCGAGGUGGAGGACUGUGGCAUUGACCUGGUGGUUUGCGACGAGGCGCACAAGCUGAAGAACGACGAGGCCGCCACCACCAAGUGCAUCUCUGCCUUGCCCGCUAAGCGGCGGCUGCUGAUCUCUGGCACACCCAUCCAGAACAGCUUGGAGGAGUUCUUCACCUUAGUCAGCCUUGCCAACCCAGGCGUCUUCGGCGAGCUGUCGGAGUUCCGGCGCAAGUUUGCCAACCCCAUCUUGCGCGGCCGCGAGCCCACGGCCACGCGGGAGGAGCGGCAGAAGGCCGAGGAGAUGUUGUCCGAAGUGUCUCACGUCACGGACCAGUUCAUCCUCCGGCGUACGAACCGCUUGAACGCGCGCUUCCUGCCGCCCAAGCAGAUCCUCAACGUGUUCGUGAUGCCGACGGACUUCCAGCGGCGCCUCUACCGGAGCUUCCUGAAGUCCAACGUGGCGCGGAAACUGCUGGAGGAUCAGAAUUGCAAGCUGACAGGGUCAGUUCUCAGCACCAUCAAGAAGCUUCAAGGCUUGGUGAACCACCCCUUCUUGGUGCGCUCAGCCCAACAAAAGCUGGAGGCUGGAUUUGAUGAUGAUGAGACUCGUGCCAUGUUCGAAGAGAUCGACCGCAUGGACAAGAGCCUCCGUGCCCGUGGGGCGGAAAAGCCCGUGCGGGAGGAACUCUCGGGGAAGUUGGCCUUGGUCCACCAGAUCUUGGCACAGAUCAAAGCUAGUGGGAACGGCGAUCGGAUCGUGUUGAUCUCCAAUUGGACGCAGACCUUAGACCUCAUCGAGCGGCUUUGCGCACAAUGCAAGUGGCCCACGCACCGCUUGGACGGCAGCAUGGCCAUCAUGAAGCGAAUGAAGCUGGUGACCGAUUUCAAUCGCCCGGAGAACGAGCAUGCCUUUGCCUUCCUGUUGUCCUCGAAGGCGGGCGGCUGCGGGCUCAAUUUGAUUGGCGCCAAUCGCUUGGUGAUGUUCGACCCAGACUGGAACCCGGCCAACGACAGGCAGGCGAUGGCACGGGUGUGGCGCGAUGGGCAAAAGAAGCCGUGCUACAUCUACCGGCUCUUCACCACCGGGACGAUUGAUGAGAAGGUCUACCAACGCCAGAUCUGCAAGGAUGGCCUUUCAAACAUGAUGGUCACGGAGACAGGAGAGGAUGAAGCGCAGAUGACCGAAAGCCUGGCAUCGGAUCUGGUGAAGGAUUUGUUUACCUUUUCGGAGAAGACCGCCUGUGCCACACACGAGAUGUUGGGCUGCCAGCGGUGUGGCGCAGGCCUCCCCGUGCCACAGGAGGAGGAAGUGCUGGAGGAUGACCUCAGCACUUGGUCCCAUCAUCCAGGAACUGAAGGUGUGAAAGACGAGAUCCUUCAAGCUGCAGCCAAGGAGCUUUCGACGCUUCGUACCUGGACACGAGGCUGGGCCUCUCCGAAGGUGCCACUGGGCGGCGUGUCCUUCACGAUGGGAUGCCACAUCGAAUACACGAAGGAGCAAAUCGCCAAGCUUGAAGCGGAAGAGCGUGCCGAACAGGAGCGACGCAAGGCCAAGUCUGAUGAGGCGCUGCAGGCGAAGGCGAAGGCGAAAGCUGAGACCAAGGAGACCGAGGCGAAGGCGAAGGCGGCUGUGCAGGCGGCGCCAACACCCGUCCGGGCAGCUUCCAAAGGCGUCGUUGAGGUCCCAGGGGCGACGACCUCGGCCUCGUCGUCCUCACGUGUGCGGACGUCGCAGCCGGGCGACGAGAAGAGGGAAAAGGCGGAGAACCAGGAACGCGUCAAAGUACCCAAGGUGGCAGUGACGUCGCCCGAGGCCGGUACGGCGGUGCGGACCUCGGGCCAGGAAGUGCAAAGCGACCGCGAGCGCGCCGCGCAAGUGGCCAAAGCUGCGCGAGCGGCGCUGGAAGCCCAAGCAAAGCAGGCGAAGCAGGCGAUACACCCGAAAGCUGUGGAGGCGCACCAAAGGGUUGAGGGCCCACCUGGACUGCUGCGGACUGCAGCCUCUGCGGCGGUUUCGGCGGGGACCUCCCCGAGCUGCGGACGCUCUGCUGCGGCUCAGGCCGCGGCGGCGGGCCGGGCACACUCGCGCGCCUCGGCGGUGAUCCAGGUGAGCGACCCCCGUGAGGUGCUUGCGCGUGAACGCCCGAGCGAGCAGGAGCAAGCAACCAAGCGACCCCGCGUCGCCGCCGAGGGUGAGCAGAACCUCCGCCGCAGCAAGUCAUCAAUGCGUGCUGCAUUCCCUGGCUUCCCGGAUCAGCGCCUUUGGACGCCUGAAGCCAGCGAGUGGGAAGAGCGCAAGGUGCAGCGUCAGGAGGAGCAGAUCGCCCUCCAGGACACCAUUAAGAUGCUGAACUCCGAUGAGUCUUUGGACUUGUUCAGGAAGCGCAGCACUUCCUUGCUGCAGCUUGGAAGCCACCAAGACAAGGUGCGCGAAGUCGUGGCUCUGUUGAAGGCGGCCAAGGCCAAGGACCAGAGUCACCCCGAGCUGAACUUCUUGGCUUUGGCGCUCUCCGGAAAGAAGGCCGACUUUAGCAAGAUCUUGGAGAAGAUCGAUGGACUGGUGACCUUGUUGAAGAAAGAAGGCGAGGACGACAAGUCCAAGAAGGAGUACUGCAACAAGGAGUUCCGUAGCGUGAAGGAGAAGUCCAAGACCUUGGACUCCAAGAUCAAGACGCUCACCGGCAGCGUGGCUGAGAAGAAGGAUGCCAUCGGCAAGCUGGCUGAGGAUGUGGUCGCUCUGCAGUCUGGAGUGAAGGCUUUGGAUGAAUCGGUGGCCACAGCCACCAAGAACCGACAAGCAGAGCAUAGCGAGUUCCAGGAGAGCACCACGUCCAACUCGGCGGCCUUGGACCUGUUGAGCAUGGCCCGGGAUCGCCUCAACAAGGUCUACAACCCCAGCAUGGUGGCGCCGACCACCACCAAGAGCCCGUAUGACUUGUCCUUCCUCCAGAUCAAGGGAGAAAAGCCACCGACCUUCGAGGGAGGCUACCAGAAGAAGACCCAG